AUGGAGCCAAUGACUUUGGGUAGUCCGACUAACUCUCCUUCAAAUAGCCCUAACGUUGCAUAUUUGCCGCCUUUCCUUUUGGGUGAAAUAAAUCCUCCUACGACUCCUCGCACAAACAGCCUGUCCCCGACGAAGGGCAGGAGUUUAGCUUUCGGUUCACCAACAAGUCCUAGUCAAACAUCAACUCCGGACCAGAAAGCUUACCGCCAGAACAUGUCUAUGCACCAACAGGCACUGUAUAACCAGCAGAACAUGUACCCCAAUGUUCCCACCUCGCCAAACAUUUACCCCAGUAUGCCCACAACACCUAACUUGUCCUACACAAGCAAACCUAACGGACCACCCAUUGAAGACCUCUUUGACACCAUCAAGAGUAACGAACCCUCCAUGAACAAGUCCCUAUUUCACGACAGUUUAUAUGGGAACAACAAUUCUAUGGUCCAAAAUGGCUAUGGCAAUAUGAACAAUUCAGUAAACAAUCAGUCGUUAGCCACACCAUGGCAGGAUGGGUGUCAGGAACAUGAUGAGUACUGGGUGACUGUGUUUGGAUUCCCUCCAAAUGCUGCCAAUACUGUGCUGGCGAGGUUCAGCAACUGUGGUGCUAUUUUAGAUAAACAAUAUCCAACUCAAGGCAACUGGGCGCACGUGCGGUACGCUACGAGAGCCGAGAAGGAGCGCGCAAUGUCGCUCAGUGGGCGGCAAGUGUUGCCAGGAGUCAUGGUUGGAGUAGUUGAGUGCAAGGAGCCGCCGAGGAUCGGCGUCACUAGUCCUGGCAUUACUUCACCAGAGAGGCAACCUGGCGUCCGCUCGCUCUGCCCGACGCCAAUCGCGAACGCGCCUGUCCCGCAGCGGUCCAGCGGCCUUAUUUCCAAAGCGUUAGACUACGUGCUGGGUUGGUGA